CCCCAGUCCUGAGAUUGGCUUCAGUAAAUGGAAAUCUGUAUUCACAGCAGCCUCUUGCAACCUUACAUUGUUAAAUCGACGAUACGGUCAUUCGGUCAAGCAGAGAUAAUAAUUGGAGCUUUAACUCAGAGACUCAGAGUAUAUAUAAGUGCAAAACCUUAUAUUUUGGAUUAUCUUCUUUCCCUGUACAUCUGUGACGACCCACGGACGCAGAGCAGUAUUUCAUCGGUACUCAGUCGAGUUCCGGCACCAGGGAGCAACUUCAAUCGGAUUCCACAAAGUCAGCCAGCCCGUAAAAUGUCAACUGGGUUCGCUAGUUUUCUUGCCGUGCUUUGUUUUAUGUAUGCAUUCUCUAAUGAUCCAGUUGAAGCUCGAAUUAUAGGGUUCAAGCCCAGCUCAGAAAAGCUCGACGAUUCUCUUGUUUAUUUAUGGCCAUUGCCUUCGGAAUUAAGUCAUGGCAACGCUACGAUGUCCGUCGAUCCCGAUCUUUCCCUCGAAUUUGGAGGUGACGGCGGGAAUUCCUCCAUUGUUCGAGAGGCAUUUCAGAGGUAUAAAGAAAUUAUAUUUAAGCACAGUUUCAGGUUUGUUGAUCGUAGGACCAGGACGAAAGCAGUUUAUGACAUUACCAAGAUUAAGGUCACCGUCGUCUCCGACAAUGAAACUCUUCAUUUAGGUGUGGACGAGAGCUAUUUUCUUUAUGUAGCCAGAGAAGACGGUCAUUCAAUUGUGAGACAAGCUGCAAUCGAGGCAAAUACUGUUUACGGGGCAUUACGUGGAUUAGAGACAUUCAGCCAAUUGUGCAGUUUCAACUAUGGCACUAAAACUGUAGAAGUAUACAAUGCACCAUGGUACAUCCAUGAUGAGCCAAGAUUUGUAUUUCGUGGCCUUCUCCUUGAUACUUCACGGCAUUACCUACCAAUUAAUGUAAUAAAACAAGUAAUUGAGUCCAUGUCCUAUGCUAAACUUAAUGUUCUUCAUUGGCACAUCAUAGAUGAACAGUCAUUUCCUCUAGAAAUACCUUCAUAUCCAGAUUUGUGGAAAGGAGCUUAUACAAAAUGGGAGCGCUAUACAGUUGAGGAUGCUUAUGAAGUUGUUAACUUUGCCAAAAUGAGAGGCAUCAACAUUAUGGCGGAAAUAGACAUUCCUGGUCAUGCAGAAUCAUGGGGUAUUGGAUAUCCCGAUCUUUGGCCUUCAUCCACCUGUAGGGAGCCACUCGAUGUCGCAAACAAUUUUACCUUUGAUGUGAUUUCUGGCAUCUUGACAGAUAUGAGGCAAAUAUUUCCUUUUGAGCUCUUUCACUUGGGGGGUGAUGAAGUCAAUACAGAUUGUUGGAGCUCAACUCUGCAUGUCAAGGAAUGGCUUCAAGAGCAUAACAUGACUGGGAAAGAUGCUUACCAAUAUUUUGUAUUGAAAGCUCAAGAGAUGGCCAUUGUAAGAAAUUGGAUCCCAGUGAACUGGGAAGAAACCUUCAACACAUUCAAGGAUAGACUUAAUCCACAGACAGUGGUGCAUAACUGGUUGGGUCCGGGAGUCUGUCCAAAAGUUGUUGCAAACGGUCUCAGAUGCAUUUACAGCAAUCAAGGUGUAUGGUAUCUUGAUCAUCUGGAUAUUACUUGGGAGAGUUUCUACAAUAGUGAGCCACUGGAAGGAAUAAAUGAUACUUUGGAGCAGGAUCUUGUUCUUGGAGGUGAAGUUUGCAUGUGGGGUGAGACUGCUGAUACCUCGGAUGUCCAACAGACAAUAUGGCCCCGUGCUGCAGCGGCUGCAGAGCGCCUGUGGAGCAGGAGGGAGGCCAUAUCUGCGGGAAAUAUAAGUUUGACUGUAUUACCAAGGCUGCACUACUUCAGAUGUUUGCUGAAUAGACGUGGAGUUCCAGCAGCGCCAGUCACGAAUGAGUAUGCUCGAAGCCCUCCUAUUGGUCCAGCCUCAUGUUAUGACCAAUAACUUCCAGUUUCCAAGUUUUUCAUUUUACCAACUUUCUAAGCUUCGGCAGGUCAGGUUUCCUUUGAUAACAGAUUUGCUAUAUUUAGUGUACAUAUGUUAAGUGUCAAGGUCAGAUGAUUUGAAUUCACGAGUUUGUAAAAGUGCUGGAUUGGGAUUUUUUAGCUAAGGUAUGGUAUGGUAUGAAUAUGAUGCUUCACAAGUCAGUGUGUAUUGCAAUUUGCAACUAGCAAGCACCAUUUCACUGGAUUCUUU